UGAAAACUGUUCAGUGUAGAGGAAAUUUUUCAUAGCAUUUUACUUCCUCACUGAACGGCUCACAAUUUUUCAGUCGAAAAACACUGGAAAAUUUAAUUUUCGUAUUAAAUAGACAAUAAAGGUAAUUCCAAGACAGUGAAAAAUGGCUAUUGAAUUGGGAGCAGCCGUGCGAGUAUCUCCAUUGAUCAGAUUUGGACGUUGGUCAUUCCUUGGUCUCGGAGUUUUAUAUGGUGCCUAUCAUCAGAAUCGACUAGCUAAACGUGAAGUCGGUAUCCGAGCGAUUGAAAAUGAAAAGAAGGCAAUUCGUGAUGCUAAGGCUGGAGAAGAGAAAAAGAGAGCACUCGAAGAGGAAGCUAGAGCAAUUGCCGAACUUUCAGCACCAACCAAGAAGUAAAUCGAGUUUUAGAGUAUAGAAAAUCCCGCGAAGAUGAGGAGAUCCAAAAUGUUCAAUAUUUGAUUUGUCCUUAAAAAGCCGAUUAAAAAUCUAAUUGUAAUAAAAAUAAUAAAAAAAUUUGGAACCU